GCCACUAUGUGGCCGUUUCAAUGUCUGGUUCUUGUUUCAAUAUUGACGGAUGUGCCAAUGUCAGACGACAGUGCUAGCGUUGUGAUGUUUAUACUAUAAUGGCGAAAGUUACUAUUUCUUGUUUGCUGGUGUCUCUCUCCUGUGUAACGGUAUUAUUUAUGUGGUACAUCACAACGGCUUACGAUCUAAAGACACCAAUGGAAUUGUCUAUUGUCUCUCCUAGUAAUGCUACAGUGAUGGAACCGUUAGGAUUCAAGACAAAAUCACCAGAUGACACCCAACGGAGCAAAGAAAAACUAUUUAGAGCGAGGAAAAAACUGUUACUCGAUAAAUGCAGUUCAUCGCAUGUAACAUCUUUCCUGACCGCAUUUCGACCUGUUACAAAGGCGUUCUUUUAUUCAUCAGAGGCUAAACUGGUUGUGUGCAAAGUCCCAAAAGUCGGAAGUACGUUCUGGGCACGCGUAUUCAUUGCAUUGGAAGGAGAAAUAAGUGCCCGGAAGGCGUUCCUACUAGAUCGAUACGUGGUGCAUGACAGGAAGUACGAAAUUGGGUUUAUGUUUUCAAAAGAAGCUAAAAAACGCGGAUCUAAAAUAGGAGUUGUAUCUAGAAAUCCUUAUUCAAGACUGUAUUCGGCAUACAUUGACAAGAUUUAUCUUCUUAGUGACCUUAACCAGAAGUUUGGUCGGCGGUUGAAGAAAGGUUUAGAGGAUGUGGGUGAUGGCAAGUGUGGAUUUGUAGUGACCUUUCAGGAUUUUCUUGAACAACUAUUAAAUGCGGCUACUGCCGAAGGACAUUUUGAUGAUCACUAUUCUCCAGUGACGAGAUUAUGUGAUCCGUGUAAUCUAAACCUGGAUUACGUCAUCAAACAGGAAACGAUGUCAUCAGACGCAGAAUACAUUUUGGACCUCGCUAAAAGAGAGCGAAACGCCAGUCAUACUGAGGAUAUCAAGUUGUUGAUACGUAACGUCGAUACACGACUAGAACUCCGACAGCUGAUUAAGACAGUACUCAAAGACAAGAAGAAGUUCCAGGUGGAAUGCCCACAAAUAUCCUCAUUGAUGCAGAAAGUCUGGACAGCCCUACAAUUCCAAGGAGUUAUUCAUUAUGAAUCAGAAUACCCCAUACAACAAUUCCGUGACCUUAAAAAUUCAAAGAGUUAUGAAAAUGAUAUAACUACAAUUAUCAUGAGAGAAAUUGAAAAUAAACCCGUCGGUCUACCUCAGCGAAACUACCAAAGAAAUGAUGCCUUGAUAUACGCUUACCGACAGAUCAACGAGUACACCAUUGGACGGAUAAAGAGAGUGUACAGACUCGAUUUCCUGUUGUUUGGAUACGACCUAGAACCGCCUCUUUAAUCAUAGAAUCUAAAAAUUGCCCGAGAUUCCCGGAAGUUAUACGACUCCAACAAUGUAUAUAAGAUGUAUGGUGGAGACAACAUACUGGUGCACCAACCGGAAGCGGAUGUCGCUGUAGAGAAGGCUAUGCCACAACGGUUGUCAAGGAUACGUGCCGUGUGCAAGUCCAAGAUUGGAAAACAUUACAUAUCGAAAUAUAAGACGCACACGAAGACAUUUUUUUACUCGAAGAAACUUCGAUUUGCAUGUUGUAAAGCACCCAAGACGGGCUCCACACUAUGGGGCGCUGUGUUCACAGCCCUCGAAUCUCCCUUAGAUGUUGACGCCAUUUUUCAGUUGAGCAGAAUAGAACUUCACUAUGGGACAUACGAAUAUGGCGCGGGCUUGAUUGCGAUGAGAAUGAAAAAACAGGGAGCACCACCACUACUCACAGCAAUGGUGGCAAGAAAUCCCUACACCCGUCUGUUUUCCACAUAUAUCGAUAAGAUAUUCCUGCUAGGAGCUCUCAAUCGCAUGUUCGGCAUGAAAUUGAAAACAGGUUUUGCAAUGAUUGACUAUCAACGCUGUGGAUACCAAGUUUCGUUUGUAGAAUUUCUGAACCGUUUAGUGGAGUUAGGUAUGAAACAUGGCCAAUUCGACGACCACUGGUCUCCAAUUUACCGCAUAUGUGAUCCUUGCUCGUUUCAAUACCAUGUUGUUUCAAAACAGGAGACACUAACCCGAGACGCAGACUUCACACUUGAUAAAAUUCAAAUGGAAACGGACAGAAAAAAUAGUAUCAAGAAAAUCCUCCACUCAGACGGUUUAUAUGCAAAUACGAUAUUUUCUCUUAUUUCGUCAUUACUGGCUGAAUACCGUAUGUAUUCCAUUGACUGUCCUGACCGAUUCGCAUUUCUUAAAAAGAUUUGGAAAUCGUUACAAAUGCAAGGCCAUGUUCACGAGCAAUCCUCAUUUCCAUUGGGAGCUUUUAAGAAUAUAACCGAUUUAAAAGAUCCGGAAAUGGUCACCUCCGUGAUAAUGCAGAAUUUAGACAUAAAUCCGGUGUCUGAAGAACAGAGGGUUUUACAAAGACGAAACGUGCUUGUAAAUGCUUACAGAACUGUGUCGCCCGAUGUUCUUAAUGACAUUAAAGACGUUUACAAACUAGACUUUUUAAUGUUUGGAUACAGUGAAAAUCCUCCUUCCUGAUUUCUGAUGCUUG